CCUUUUGUCUCAACAAAGGGGCGUGGUCGAGUCACCAUACAAACGGUGAGGUUGUAACAGGGUGACGCUGUAAAGCUUCAACAAAUCUUAACCACGCCUAAAAAACUAUCGAAACAUUCAUUAUUGGUCUUUAAAGACGUGUGUCACUUUUCUAACGCUCUUUGACUCCACACUGGUAACAAAUCAGACAUGGCAGCUCAGUGUGUGACCAAAGUGGAGCUAACAGUUUCCUGUGAUAAUCUUCUGGAUAAAGACAUUGGAUCCAAAUCAGACCCUCUGUGCGUGCUGUUAAUGAGCACCUCCGAGUCCCAGUGGUAUGAGUUGGAACGCACAGAAAAAGUCCAGAAUUGCCUUAACCCAAAGUUUGCCAAGAAGUUUGUCAUCGAUUACUACUUUGAGAUGGUGCAGAAAUUAAAAUUUGGGGUUUAUGACAUUGACAAUAAGACCGUUGAUCUGAGUGAUGAUGACUUCUUAGGAGAACUGGAGUGUACCUUAGGCCAGGUGGUGUCCAGUAAAAAACUGACCAGGCCGCUGGUCUUGAAGAACAAGUCCCCUGCAGGAAAAGGGACCAUCACAAUCAGUGCUGAAGAAAUUAAAGAUAACAGGGUGGCAAAUUUUGAGGUGGAAGCAAGAAAACUGGACAACAAGGAUUUUUUUGGGAAGUCUGACCCGUAUCUGGAAUUUUACAAGCAAACACAAACUGGAUGGCAACUGGCUCACAGGACAGAGGUGGUGAAGAACAAUUUGAAUCCAACAUGGAGACCCUUCCGAAUCCCCCUGCAAUCUCUCUGCGGAGGAGACCUGGACAAACCUAUAAAAGUUGAAUGCUUUGAUUAUGACAGCGACGGCUCGCAUGAUCUUAUCGGUACGUUUGAGACCACCAUGAAGCGUCUUCAAGAAGCAUCGCGCACUUCUCCGGCGGAAUUUGAAUGCAUCAACAGUAAAAAGAAACAAAAGAAGAAAAGCUACAAGAACUCUGGUGUUGUGAGUGUGAAGCAAUGCCAGGUGGUCAAAGAGUACACAUUCCUGGAUUACGUUAUGGGGGGCUGUCAACUCAACUUCACUGUUGCAAUAGACUUCACCGGUUCGAACGGAGAUCCAAGGUCACCUCAGUCCUUGCAUUACAUCAGUCCACAGGGAGUAAAUGAAUACCUCUCUGCUAUUUGGUCAGUGGGCAAUGUCAUCCAGGACUACGAUAGUGACAAGAUGUUUCCGGCAUUUGGAUUUGGCGCCCAGAUUCCGCCAGCAUGGCAGGUUUCCCACGAGUUUCCACUCAAUUUCAACCCCGAAAAUCCAUUCUGUGCAGGUGUCGAAGGAAUCGUGGAGGCCUACAGGGUUUGCCUUCCUCAAGUUAAACUUUAUGGUCCUACUAACUUCUCACCAAUCAUCAACCACGUAGCGUGUUUUGCACACCAAGCCCUGCAGCAGAGCACUGCAUCACAAUACUUUGUGCUGCUCAUCAUCACUGAUGGAGUGAUCACUGACAUGGAUGACACACGUAAUGCCAUCGUCAACGCUUCGCGUCUGCCCAUGUCCAUCAUAAUCGUUGGGGUGGGCGGCGCGGACUUCACCGCCAUGGAGUUCCUGGACGGAGACGAUGGCCAUCUCCGCUCUCUUACUGGCGAGCCUGCCAUGCGUGACAUUGUUCAAUUUGUACCAUUCAGGAAGUUUCAAAAUGCACCCAGCCAAGCUCUUUCACAAAGCGUUUUGGCAGAAUUACCUCAACAAGUGGCGUCCUUCUUUGGGUUAUUCAAACUGAAGCCUCCCCACGAGCCCGCUUCUUCAUAGGGGGUCCAAAAGAAGCAUUGGCUAAGAGUGUGUUGGCUGAGGUUCCAGGUCAGCUGGUGGAGUUUUGCAACACCAUGAAGCUGAGCCCACCCAACAACAAUCCUGCUGCAAAGUCUGCAGAGGUCAUCUGAUGUUGCUGUGCAAAUCGAUCGGAUCCAUCACGAUCACACAGUACCUUUUUUUUUCAAACUUUUUUUUAGAUUUUUUUUAACCUUCUCCUAAAACAAAUUAUUGUCCAAUCAUACUCUAUGAAGCAUAUUGUAAAAAAAACAACAAAAAAACAACUUUAUAAACAAACAUUUUCAGGUAGCUCACAAAAACCUGGACCAUUGCUGAGCAAUUUAAUAGGCACUCCAAUUAUCUGUAUUCAACAUUUCGUUUACGUUAUACUCAUAUGUACACUGCUGCUUUGUAAUCUGUAGUAUAGGCUCUUAGAAAAACGUUUUAUCGCACCAGUCUUGAACUCGUGCCAUGAAGAGUUAGUAGUGAUUAAAUAAUUUUACGUCUAUCCUGUCAGUAGUACAAGCAAGUUUGCGGACUCAAGUUUACGUAAUGAAAUAGCUAAUUACAAUGCUGAUUUUUGCACAAGGAUUAGGGUUGCUUUUACAUUGUCAUUUUAUUUCCUGAAAUGCCAAAACCCUGCAUUACCAUAUAGUAUGCUAUAUUUUUUAAGGGCACUUAUUUGUACAAAUGCCAUCAUUUAAUUACUUUCUCGUUGUAUCUUCCAGUUACUUAAAGCAGAAUAGCUUGACUGAUUAAAAUAACCUAGAGUAGUAAUGCCACAAAACUAGCACCCUUUUGCUAACACAAAUAUGCACCAGUGUUAAUAUACAGUCGACAUGUUUAUCGCAAAUAAAAAGAGACAAUGCGAUU